UCGCAGGAUUUAAUUCAUCAACUAGAAUUUUUGCUGAAGAGGGUUUGAAGCUUGCUGCAAGUGUGCAAGUUUUCUCAAAACAGCUGAAAGAUGAUGAUAAGCUUAUGCUUCCCCUGGAAAUGAACAAGCUUGCUCUUCUAUGCCACCAGCUCCAGACAGCAACUACGACACCUUUGCAGAAUCAAGUGUUUCUAAAGGUUGAUCAGAGUAUUACAAAGACAAGAGGCAUAAUGGCUAUUUUCAUCCAACUUCUCUCGUUUUGCUAUGAACUGCUGAAGAAGCUUCAAGUGGAAAACCACCGAUGGAUCUCAGAUAGAAAUAAAGAUUCUGUGGACAGUAAAACUUGAGAAGCUCUUGCGGUCAGA